AGGAACUAGGUGUUUUAUAUUAGGUUUAAUGUAUUCGAAGGUCCUUAUUUCUACGGAUUCGUAUCAAUUGGGUCCUUCUAUUUUGGAAGUGUUCAAUUGGGUCCCUAAUUUGACAAAAUUGAGUCAAUAAUGCCCUUUUCGUUAAAUGCAAUGGAUGGCGUUAACUUUUUAAAUAGGUGGCAUGGUGAGGCAUCCUUUUAUUUCCAGGUGGCACAGUUUGAGCUUAAUACUUGGAUUUUAUAUCAUUUUAAAUUGUAAAAUAUAAUAAAAGCAAAAUUAGGGUCAAAUGUAUUCUGGAAAUAUAAUUAAAACUUCUUAAGCCAAUGUUUCUUAUUUUGGGGUCAGAUAUUUUGUAUGUGCGAAAUUGGGGAAAGUAAGGUUUGUGGGUGGGUUUGUCCUUGUGCUGGGAUUUGGGGAACAUUGCACUUAGGUGAGAAAUUACCUAUACAUAGCCUUUCGUUGUAUGAAAUUGUAGUCAUCUAUCGGUGGUUUUCGGUGGAAGCAGCUAAUUGUUGACAGUGAAUCACGUGGGAGAGUUUCGCGAAGGUCGUUGCAGGUGUAGCAUGUGUUCAGGAUAUAUACUGUUAUAGUGUUGUACAUGGAGGAUCAUUUUGAAGUUGUUUUCCACCAUGGAGGUCAUUUCAUAAAUGAUGGGCCACUUAAGUAUGAGGGGGAAAGUACAACUCUGUCUUUUGACCCAAACAUGUGGAGUUACUUCAUUGUAGUUAGUGUAGUAAAAGGACUUGGAUAUGAUGGGUUUAAGGAGUUGUGGUAUUGUGUAGGGGGGUUUAUGUUAGAUAAUAGGUUAGAGCCUUUGUGUGAUAAAGGAGCCAUGCACAUGAUUAACUUAGCUAGGCUAAAUGGUGAGGUUCAUCUAUUUGUUGUUCACACAGUGUCUAAACCUGAGAUCAUGCACUUGUUAGAAAAUGUUCCUCAUAAUAUAGGUGAAGAAGAAGUUCAACCUGUGAUGCAUGAUAGUGGUGAUGGUGAGUGUGAACAAGGUCAUGGUGAGUGUCAAGAGGAAGGUGAUGGUGAGUGUGAACAAGGUCAUGGUGAGUGUCAAGAGGAAGGUGAUGGUGAGUGUGAACAAGGUCAUGCUGAGUGUCAAGAGGAAAGUGAUGGUGAGUGUGAACAAGGUCAUGGUGAGUGUCAAGAGGAAGGUGAUGGUGAGUGUCAACAAGGUCAUGGUGAGGUGAAUGACGUGGUAGUUGAGAGAUGUGAAGUUCCUGUUUCAGAACAAAGAUGUGAGGGAGAUGAUGUUGUAGAAGGUCAAAUUGAAGCUGAAUGUGAUGUGGGUCAGUUUGAAGGAGAUGAUGUUGAUGUUCAUAGCUGGAGUUCUAAUGGUGAGGAUGCUAAUGUUGAUUGCAAUGUGGAUGUUAAUGAUGACUGUAUGGAAGACCUAGUUGACUCUGAUAUACAAGAAGAGGUAGGACAUGGAGUUGAGAAUUGGUUUGGUGAAAUUGAAGUUGAUGUGCAAGAUGAUGGACCAUCAUGGACUCACAUGUCCGAUAGUGAUGUUGAUGAUGGUAUAAAUACUGACAAUGAUAGAGAUCUGUCCGGUGAUAAUUGAGAAUCAGAAGAAUUGCUUAGUGAAGGAGAAAUUCAUGGAGAAGAUGAUGAAGAAGACAGUUAUGGAAAGUUUGUAACAUUUAGUAUGCCUAAAACAAUGGUGGAUUACAAGUGGGAUUUGAGGACUUAUUUUGCUGACAAGCAAGAUAUUCUGGAUGCCAUCAAAACGUAUGCAGUAGAAAAUGGAAGAAAUCUAACAUAUGUUAAAAAUGAUAAGAAGAGAAUUAGGAUCAAAUGUAUGGGUGGUAAAGGAAACUGCCCUUGGAUGGCAUACUCUGCUUAUAUGAAUGCAAUAUGAACGUGGCAAUUAAGGACUAUUGCUGACAACCACAAUUGUAGUAGAAAGCACAAAGUCAAAUUACUUAAUUCAAAAUGGCUGAGUAAGAGGUUGGAGAAAACUGUGAAAGAAAAUCCCAAAGUCAAGGGAGUGAAAAUUCGUGACAAGAUAAGUAGAAAGUGGAAUGUAGGUGUAUCUAAAUCCAUGGCUUAUAGGGAAAGGCCAUUGCUUCAGACCAUGUAGAUGGGUCUUUCAAAGAGCAAUAUAGAAAGAUAUAUGAUUAUGCGAAUGAGCUCCUAAUUCGUAAUCCUGGAUCCACAGUAAAGGUGCAAGUGGAAGAGAAUAUUGGUGGACAUAUUUUCAAGAGGUUAUAUGUUUGUCUAAAGGCCUGCAAGGACAGUUUUGUGUCCUGCAGGCCAAUUAUAGGGUUGGAUGGUGCUUUUUUAAAAGGUAAAUAUGGUGGGGAAUUGCUAAUUGUUAUUAGAAGAGACGCAAAUGACCAGAUGCUACCUCUAGCAUAUGCCAUUGUGGAAGUAGAGAACAAGGACACGUGGAAAUGGUUUCUGGAACUUCUGGUUGAAGACGUUGGUGGGGAGCCAGUACAUGCAUCAUUGACAUUCAUAUUAGAUCAACAAAAGGGCUUAAUGCAAGCUAUUCAAGAAGUGGUCCCUGGAGUUGAUCAACGCUUUUGUGUUAGGCACCUUUACGCAAAUUUCAAGAAAAAAUUCCUGAAAAGCAGCUAAAGCGGUUGAUGUGGAAGGCAACUACAACAACCCAUCCACAAGCCUAGGAAACCGAAAUGACAAAAUUAAAGGAAGUCAACAUUAAGGCUCUCAAAUACCUAAUAAAAAUUCCUCCUAGAUACUGGUCACGAUCAAGGUUUACCACCACUUCUAAGUGUGAUACUUUGGUAAACAACAUGUCAGAGGCAUUCAACAGUGUUUUGGUGCAUACAAGGUCAAAACCAAUCAUAACCAUGUUGGAGGAGAUCCGCCUUUACUUGAUGAACAGAUGGACAACAAACCGAACAAAAAGUGAAUCAUUGUCUGGGUUGAUUUGUCCUAAAAUCAAGAGUAGAGUUAAUAAGGAGUCCCAACUAACUAAAUUUUGGAUUCCUAGGUAAGCUUAAUUUAUUAACAUUUAUCAUGUGUUCAACACUUAAACAAAUGUUUAAAGAAGGUUGCAGGAAUGGGAGUUAGUCAGGGACGACACAAGAAUAAGGAAUGGUGGUAUACAUAAAAGAUGUGGCAUUUGUAGGGAGCUGGGUCACAACAUAACUUCUUGCCAGAAAUCAACCCAAGAUCGUGAUGUGAACCCUGACCAAACACAACAAAGCAACCCAGCAAAUGAACCAAACAUACCAUCAUCAAAUGAGCCUGAAGCAUAGGAAGGGAAUUUUAAUGUAUAUCUCAGUGUUGUAACCAAUUCUGAUGUUUACCUGUGACAAUUUCAGUACAUCUUUUUUUUACCUUUUAAUGAUGUAAACAAUUCUAAUGUUGAACCAAAUCUGGUGUCACAAUUUUAGCACAUCUUUUUUUUACCUUUUAAUGAUGUAAACAUUUCUGAUGUUGAACCAAUUCUGAUGUUGACCCAAUUCUGAUGUCACAAU